AAGAUUCCAAUGUCUGAAAUUGAAGACGAUAUUUUUGGUUUAAAAAAAUUGGAUUCACUUCCUUUGCCAAACUCUCAUUUUAAUAAACAACAAAAUAUCAACAGAAAUACAACAAAAAUUAAAGAAAAUGGAAAUUUAUUUGAUGAACAUUUCUUCCCAGAAUUGAUUAAAAAUUCAAAAGAAGAAAAUAAACAACAAAUUGGACAAGAAGGAGAAGAAGAUUUCUUUACUGAACAUUUUGAAAGACAAACAUCUGGUUAUGAAGAACUUUCUACUAAAGAUGUUUUUGAAUUAAUUAAUCAACAAACUACUGGAAUUAGAGAAUUAUGGAGUUAUGUGGACCCUGUUUGGAAAUUUAGUGAUGAAGAAUUGGUUGAAUUUAUGGCACAAAGGAUAGUUUAUGAAACAGAUGAAGUGAUUGCUUUUGAUAAACCCUUUCAAGUUGCUUAUUCUGGUGCUCCAAAAGAUCAGGCUCAAUUGGACAGAAUUUUACAGAAACUUAGGAAGAGAGUAGCUCCAAAUGCUAACAGACUUUAUUUGGUUAAUUCAUUAGACAAGCCAUGUAGUGGAAUUAUUAUUUUUGCAAAAAAUUCUAAAAAGCAACAAGAACUUAGAACUCUACUUGAUCAACAACAUUUUUAUUUUCGUUUUCGUUGUUUAUGCAAAAAUUUUCCUGCUCAAGUGCCUGAUAAAACGCGUGUCAGUAUUCCUUUGAUUAAGGUUAUUAAAAAUGGCAACGUAAAAUUUUGUCCAUUAUUGGGAAGAGCUUCCAGUGAUGACCAUAUUUUUCAUUUAAAUACGGAUUGUAAAUUGAUUGAUUUUAAUAAAAGUGCUCAAGUUUCGUUAAUUGAUGCGUUUACUCGAACAGGUUUAAUCAAUGUGGUAAGAAGUCAUUUAUAUUAUGGCCUAGAUUGUCCUUUAAUUGGUGAUCAAAAAUAUACCCGUCCAAAUAAUCCAAAAAAUCAGGCUUUAAAUCCAAUAAAAACAGCAUUAAACAAAUCAGCAAUGGAAGCAUUAAAUUUAAGAAAAAAUGAUUUGAGGAAAUUGCCAAUGUUUAUGCAUUUGGGGGAAGUUCAUUUGCCCGAAAUAAUUGGAGGAAUGGAUGGAAAAAAUGAAGAAAAUUGUUUUGAAGAAGGAGGAAGAGGAGGAAAUAUUGGUUUGAAUAAAAAUAUUAAUUUUAAUGUUAUUAGAGCAGAAAUGCCAAAAUUUUUUGUUUAUGCAUUAAAAAAGCUUUCUCUUUUUAAAUAA